GUGGAUGUUUAGAAAAACAAUCGACUGAAGAAGAUCUGUUUUCUUGUAAAUAUUUCUAAUAACUUUGUGAUCAUAUUUGUUGAUUCUUGAUAUAUACUGAACCCACAGAAUGCAACACGCACAUUACGACAGUGGUGGGUUUCAGAAUGGACUUUAUGGAUCUUCUUCAAACUUUGACGGGUCGACAUUAAAGCUCCACCAUGGGCACUACACGGAGACUUCAGAUCCGUGCUUCAACAGUUUAUUCUCAAAUGCCUCUUCUCCUGGAAACUUUCUUCCAAGAGACCCGCCAUCAUAUGCGGAAUCUACAACGAUUUUCCAUCCAGGUUUCGUCCCGAAUUCGAGUCCAUCAUAUUACAAGAUGUCUUCCGGGCGCCAGGAGAUACCGGAGUACGGUCUGACUCGUGGAGGAGAGCAGAUUCUAUCGAAAGUCGAUAUCAUUGACCAGACGUCAGGGUCUCUCGAUAUCACUCCGCGGUACGAUACAGAUGGUGGUAGACUGAUGCACGAACCAGAUCUCAACUCAAGUCACGAAGAAAACGUGAAAUUAGAAGCUUCCGUUGAAUAUAAGCCGGAAAUGCAAGGACUGCAGACGACAAUAGCGAGCAACGAGAACCACUUAACCCACAAUGACAGUAGCAAUAAGAAUGAAUCAAAAGACGACAAAAUAGAACCCGUGGAUCAGACAAAUCCGGAGAAAGGUCACGACGAGAAAGCCAGAGGAAACGCGGACGUCAAACCCGCUUUGUCCUAUAUAGCCCUCAUUGCGAAGUCCAUAUUAGAAUCUUCACAGAAAAGGUUGAGUCUUGGUUCUAUAUAUAGUUGGAUUGAAAAGAAUUACCCAUAUUACCAAAACCGUGGCCAAGGGUGGAGAAACAGUGUUCGACACAAUCUUUCUCUAAAUGACUGCUUCAUUAAAGCCGGUCGCUGUGAAGACGGCAAGGGUAACUACUGGGCCAUACACCCAGCAAACAUACAGGAUUUCAUGAGAGGGGAUUUCCGACAACGAAGAAGAUCCAGACGGAGGGGAAGGAAGAAGGAAGUGGAAUUAGGAAUGUAUCAUUUGACAAAUGGAUAUAGCCCCCUUACCCCAAGUGUGCCAUUUACACCAUCUGCAACAGCAUUUAACUCCAUCUACUCUCCCUACACCGAGGCCGAGCGCCGUGCUUACAGACUAGAUGAAGCUCUACUGCGGCAGAGCAUGAACAAUCCAUUCAUGAAGUGGUACCAUAAUGGAGUUCCGAAUGGAACCUAUCCCGCACAGAAUACCGGAUGUAAUACGGGGAUGUAUAACAAUACGUCCACCCAAUGGCAGGGAUAUGGGGAUCAGUCCCCCCAGUCCGUCUACCACUCACCCCUAUCACGGAAUUAUUCUACGUCGUCACUGGUACAGAGUGGGUUAUGAGAAAUCGAGAGUUCGGAUCACUACAAUGGACGAAGGACCUCUUCAUCAUCCGCCACAGUGCAACAUUUUUCAUUAUUUUCGCGUUUUAUUGAUAUUUGUUGAUAAUUUGAUAUUGAGAAUAAUAAACUUACGGCUU